AUGAUGACGAAAGCUCAUUGUAUGGGGCUCUUCUUGUUCAGCAAUCUAUCCCUAGGGUCAGCGGGUACAUCCAAGGAUGUGUUGAAGUCAAUUCUGAAGGAACGCAGAGAGAUUCAGAAUAACAAUAAUCAUGAUCCCAUUCCUGAUCGUACCGGCACGAGUAUGCAUCAACCGGAAGCGCGACGCCAACUGCAAACAGCCGGUGAUUUGGUUUGUAAUCGCUUUGUUAAUGGAAGGGACAGAGCUACCGUGUGUCAGGAUGAUGCAACCUUCUCCUACUGCUUUGUAGACAAUCCAGAUCAGUGCGAGUACAUUGCGAUUGAUUGGGACUUGUUUGAACAACGAAAGGAAGAAUACACAGGUCCAGUGCAAGGGGAUUUGGAUCUCUUUAUUGCGGAAACAUUCUUUACUUGUGCGUGCGAUGGAUAUAUUCCAAACUGUGCGACAAGCACGUUCUCAGCCCACAGCAUCAACGCAUGCCGAGAGGAUGCAGCCAACUUCGUCAGUUGUGAGGUUGAAGAUGGUAUUGAAAAGUGCAGUGGUCGCAACGAUGGCCGAAGUUACCGGUGUACAAGAUCCCCAUCAUCAACAGCUGGUGUCGAGACAAUUACUUGUUGUACAAUCGCUACCGAAUUGGAACCACAAACAUGCGUCAGAUCUGUUCUGAACUUUGAUCCCAACGCUUCUUCCAGUCUACGAUCUUGUCAAGUGGACGUUGAUGGCGACGCUUGUACCUGCAGUGUAUGUGGUUCACAGCCGAAUGCCAUUAGCUACGACUGUAGUGCUGUAGGAAGGGAUGACUUGGUGGAGUCGUGUCCCUCAGGAGGAACACUGUCUAUUGAAGAAUUCUUCUUGGCAAAACUGGAUAAUCCACUUGGCUACAUUGAACCACUGGGACCAGUGGUGACUGAUGUGCCAUCAGCAUCACCGUCUGUGAACAUUACGCCCAUGCCAUCAGCCGAGCCAUCAGGCUCCGCGUCCCCAUCUUUGUCGCAAAGGCCCACUACGUUGAAUACCCCUUCACCCACUACAAGUCCAGCUCCAUCCGGCUCGCCAACAACUUCGCCUCCAACCAAAGCUCCGACUAUGAACCCAAGUAGAAUACCGUCUGCUGCCCCAAGCGUUACACAAGUCCCAUCUAGUUCACCUACUAAAUCAGCUCCUCCAACCAUUUUUCCAACCCGAAGUCCAAGUAUCACUCCAAGUCUGACUCCUUCCGGUUCACCUACAGCUCCUACCCCUGGCCCAACCGCGACUGUUUCAAGUUCGCCAACACCAGACUUUGUUGCCACCUGUGAAGGCAUCCAUCUACAAAUCCAAGUGUUCAACGAAGGAUACGGGGAUUUGGAAUGUGGGGACUAUGAAGGCAAUUUCCCAGGUGCAAUCUAUGCCUGUUCCGUCACGACGAGUUUACGCAAUGACGCGGUUGGAUUUGAUAUUGAACCAUCUAGCAAUGUCAGGCAGCCAUUUCAUCGAAGAUGUAACGCGACUGCUCCAGACGGUCUGACACUCUUUUGCUUGGACAAUGUUGGAGCUAACUUUGAUACCUUCAAAAGUGAAACAAGCGAUGUCGAUUUGGGUUGCGAGGCUUCCUAUGUCUUCCCGCAGUAUAAUCUCCUACAGGGAGUAAGCGCAGACACAAAGGAAUCAGAUUCUUUUGAUGACGCGUUGGCAGCCAAUGCCUACUUUGUUGAAUUCCUAGGGGAUCCUACUGCUCCGUCAACAAGUUCGAAGGGGUUGGAUUCCGCUGCUCCAUCUCGGAAUGCGGUGUCUGUUAGCUGUGUGCUGGCAUCUUCAUUUCUUGUAUAUUUCUUGUCCUCCUUUUGCUGA